UGCCUAUGUACUUUGCCUUCUCUUCCUCGAAUAUAUCAAUUGAACUCAUUUCGAUCUCCCUUUCACCAACCUCACUCAGCUGAGUCGACUCGAUCAAAAAACAGCAAUGGCCUCUACUUCAUCUCUCACUCUGUCUCAAGCUCUCCUAGCUCGAACCAUCUUUUCCGAUGGGUCCACCCAAUUCUCCGACUGCAGUGUUUCACUUCCCACCACCACUUUUUCCGGUCUCAAGCUCACUACCCCACGCUCCCGUCGAGUCCUUCCCACGCGCUUUAACCGGAGUCUCCGAGUCCGUUCCGCUGCCGUCGAGACAAUCGGCACUCCUGCCGAGACUUCCUUAUUGGAAAAAUCAGUCAACACGAUCAGAUUCUUAGCUAUUGAUGCUGUCGAAAAGGCUAAUUCCGGUCACCCUGGGUUACCCAUGGGUUGUGCUCCGAUGGGUCACAUUUUAUACGAUGAAAUCAUGAGGUAUAAUCCUAAGAACCCUUAUUGGUUCAACCGUGAUCGUUUCGUCUUGUCUGCUGGUCAUGGUUGUAUGUUGCAAUAUGCUCUGCUUCACCUUGCUGGUUAUGAUAGUGUUCAGGAAGAUGAUUUGAAGAAUUUUCGUCAAUGGCAAAGCAGAACACCAGGACAUCCUGAGAAUUUUGAAACACCUGGAGUUGAAGUUACAACUGGUCCUCUUGGUCAAGGUAUUGCAAAUGCUGUCGGAUUGGCUCUAGCCGAGAAGCACCUAGCUGCUAGGUUCAACAAGCCUGACAAUGAGAUUGUUGAUCACUACACGUAUGCUAUUUUAGGUGAUGGUUGUCAAAUGGAGGGUGUUGCGAACGAAGCUUGUUCGCUUGCCGGACACUGGGGACUUGGAAAGCUUAUAGCUUUCUACGAUGAUAAUCACAUUUCGAUCGAUGGUGACACUGAAAUUGCCUUUACUGAGAAUGUCGAGGAACGUUUUAAGGGGCUUGGGUGGCAUGUUAUUUGGGUCAAGAAUGGGAAUACUGGUUACGAUGAGAUUCGUGCUGCUAUUAAGGAAGCAAAGGCUGUCAAAGACAAGCCCACUUUGAUCAAGGUGACAACCACUAUUGGUUAUGGAUCUCCAAACAAGGCAAACUCGUACAGCGUUCACGGUAGUGCAUUGGGUGCCAAGGAAGUGGAUGCUACUAGGAAAAACCUUGUGUGGCCACACGAGCCAUUCCAUGUACCCGAAGAUGUUAAAGGGCAUUGGAGUCGCCUUGUCCAACAGGGAGCUGCCCUUGAAGCAGAAUGGAAUGCAAAGUUUGCUGAAUACGAGAAGAAAUACAAAGAUGAAGCUGCAGAGCUCAAAUUAAUCAUCACCGCUGAACUACCGGCCGGAUGGGAGAAGGCACUUCCAACAUAUACUCCGGAGAGCCCCGCUGAUGCUACCAGAAACCUCUCUCAACAAAAUCUCAAUGCUCUCGUAAAAGUACUCCCUGGUUUUUUUGGUGGAAGUGCAGACCUUGCUUCUUCCAACAUGACCUUGCUCAAAAUGUAUGGUAAUUUCCAGAAAGACACCCCUGAGGAACGUAAUCUUAGGUUCGGUGUUAGAGAACACGGAAUGGGAGCCAUCUGCAAUGGCAUUGCACAUCACAGCCCCGGACUUAUUCCGUACUGUGCUACUUUCUUCGUUUUCACUGACUACAUGAGAGCUGCUAUUAGGAUGUCUGCAUUGAGUCAAGCGGGAGUUAUUUACGUUAUGACCCAUGAUUCCAUUGGUCUCGGGGAAGACGGACCAACCCACCAACCAAUCGAGCACUUAGCUAGCCUCCGUGCAAUGCCUAAUGUUUUCAUGCUUCGUCCAGCUGAUGGAAACGAAACUGCCGGUGCAUACAAAGUUGCUAUCCUCAACAGGAACACUCCCUCCAUUAUCGCACUCUCUCGACAAAAACUAACCCAACUACCCGGAACUUCCAUCAAGGGGGUCGAAAAAGGUGGCUACAUAAUAUCAGACAAUUCUUCAGGAAACAACCCUGACAUAAUCCUGAUCGGAACUGGCUCUGAGCUGGAAAUUGCCGCUAAAGCUGCCGAUGAACUAAGGAAGGCUGGAAAAGCUGUUCGGGUCGUCUCCCUUGUUUCUUGGGAACUCUUCGAUAAUCAAUCAGACGCCUACAAAGAAAGUGUUUUACCAUCUGGUGUAUCAGCUAGGGUAAGUAUUGAGGCGGGAUCAACUUUUGGGUGGGAAAAGAUUGUGGGAUCGAAAGGGAAGGCAAUCGGAAUCGAUCGGUUCGGGGCAAGUGCACCAGCUGGUAGAUUAUACAAAGAAUUCGGUUUAACACCAGAGGCUGUUGUUGCAGCAGCAAAGGAACUUUGCUAGGCAUUAUUAGGUGCCUUUUGUGACUUUUUUUGUUUUUAAUAAUAAAAGGAAUCAUCCAAAUUUCUUA